UUCGGGCUGUAGUCGGGAUGGUAAUCUUGCCACACUGGAUUUGACAGCGUGCAGGGCAAGAGGAAAGGUUUUACGCACGAGUCCCUCUCGCGAUCAUAAGCAUUUUGCAAACUUGUAGUAGAGAAGGCAACCUGUUCUCAUGGUGGGUGCUUCAUCUGCCCGUCGGGGAGAGCGCGGUGAAGUGCUGCUGGUUUAUUGAAUGUCACCUCCGUUCACCAUGGAUUACGGAAGGACCAUGGCCCCACCGGUGCCCCCACAUAAACCCCAACCCGCCCGGCCGGGGCAGGCGCAGGAGCGGCUGUUGAAGUGUGUCCUGCUCGGCGACGGCGCGGUUGGAAAAACCAGUCUGGUAGUCAGCUAUACAACGAACGGCUACCCAACCAAAUACGUCCCUACUGCAUUUGAUGACUUCUCGGCUGUGGUUCAGGUUGAUGGAAACCCGGUUAGACUACAAUUGUGUGACACCGCAGGACAGGAUGAGUUUGACAAACUCCGCCACUUCUGCUACAGUCGGACUGACGCCUUGCUGCUCUGCUUCAGCGUGGUCAGCCCCGCUUCCUUUCAAAACGUCUGGGAGAAAUGGGUGCCUGAAAUCCGACGCCGCUGCCCUCUCACACCCGUCCUCCUCGUUGGCACACAGUGCGACCUCCGGCAGGACGUGAAGGUGCUGAUCGAGUUGGCGAGGCGAAGGGAGAGGCCUGUGCCAGAGGAAGAUGCCAGAGCGCUGGCGGAAAAAAUUGGGGCAGUGACGUACGUUGAGUGCUCGGCGCUGACGCAAAAGAAUCUGAAGGAGGUGUUUGACGCGGCCAUCGCGGUGGGGCUGCGGCACUCUGACAGGAUAGCGCGACGGGAGAGGAAGGUCCGCAGCACAGCUGAUAAAAUGAAGAUGCUCUCCAAGUCCUGGUGGAAGAAGUAUGUGUGCGUGCAGUAGGGAGGGUGGAGAUGAUUUUCCUGUGACUGACAUAAAACUGGAACUGCUCAUUUGUCUGGAGGGACUGACUUGGAUGUAAGGACUUCUAUUUUUACGAUCACCUGGAUGACCCCAGAUGUGCUGGCCAGAAUGACUUUAAUUCAGUGGAGCAACAGUUUAAUAGAGGUGGAGUGUGCCUGCCUGAGCUGUAGAGUGGUUGCAGGGUUGGCGUGGUUUCGCUUUGACCAUAAAACAUCCUCUGUUGAUGCCUAAAAGACAGAGAGCAUAAGGCUGUAACUGCUGUCUGCUGCUCAGAGCCAGUCUGAACUGUUAAAUAUGACUGUGACCAGCAUUCAACCAAAAAUUAUGGAGCUAAUAAAAUUUUAUGGCACAUGGACUGCUUAUCAUACUGGACUUGUGCAAAGUAAAUGUGAGCUGACAUGGAGGGGUGAUGUUCAGGCGGUGAUGUUAUGUACUAAAAGUAUACUCCUCCUUUUUGUCUGAUUUGAUACCCUUAACGAAGUAUAUUAUUUUAUGUGUUCUACACUGUAAUUCAGCCCCCAACACUUAGCUUAGACCCCAAAUCGGAGAUGAUAAAUCAAAACCAAUCCAGCACCUUUGUUUUCAAAAUCAGAAGCGUCUAUAACUUAAAUGACAAGUUGUCAAUAGUCAGAUCAGAUCAAAUUUAUAUUAACUCAUUCUCUUUUUCGAUUACAAUCAAAUGUACAUAAAUAUAUAUGAAAUCGAUGAGUUCGUGUACGGAUGUGUACGACUGGUUUGAAUGGUGUACGUUGUUUAUGAACUGUCACGUUUCUCUACACCAGCUUGUGUCUGUGCCACAUUUUGAAGCAUUGAUACAGCUGUCACACUUUUAGCCAACCACACAGUUAGAGGUCUGUAAGCUCCUUACCAACACACAUCAGCCAACCUGCCCUGGAUAACACAUGUCUUUUGUAGGUUUGGAAAUGUCAAUUGUUCACUUUGACUGAAAAGCUUCAUCUGAAAUGUUAAGGCCAGUUUAGUUAGUUUUCAUAACUUUUUUGUUACUGUUACAAGGUUGCAGCAAUACUUUGGGUAGUGCCACUGUAUAUUGCACUUAUCACACAAACAUAUCACUGAAGUCUUGCCAUGCAAUGGCCUUUGGACCAGUGGUGUGGAAACUUUAGAAUUAGACACAGAGCAGGUAAAUUUAUCUGUGGCAUUUGAGACAAAAGUUUACUCAGUGUCACUGAAGCAGAAAUAGCUGAUCUGCAUGUUCCCUGCACUACACCACUGGUUUGGAUGAUCACAGGGUCUUUCAUUGUCAUUGCAGCCAGGGCCUUAAAUAGAUAAUUAUCCGUCUUUGUCGGUCAGUAUACUGGAGCUCUCUCCUCUUUUGAAAUUACACAGUAAUUGAGGUGAAAUCACCAAAGAGACUGAUUCUAUGUUUGCUUCUUAUUUUUCAGAAGCCUGUCAUUCAGCUCUGUCUAUUUAUCUGUUCCUUCUGGGCCAAUAACUGAUCAACAGCAAUACAGAGCAGAUAUAUGAAACAUGAUAUGUCAUUAUGUAUGUUACAUAGUAAUCAUUUAUGAUGUUUGUAAUGUCAUCAGGAUAAAUGUGUGUGUACAUAUAUAAGUGACUCAGUCACUGGCUGUGCUGUCCAUCUCUAAAUGGUACUUAACAGUGUGAGUGUUUCAGUUGGUGUCUGAUUCUGGCACGAGAGCAGUUUGUUGAGCUGUAUGAACGGAACAAAAUAAAAUGUGAAAUAUUUAACCAUGGAGAUGUUAUCUUGACCAUCACACUGGAGAGGAUAUGAUAUGAUAUGAUAUGAUGAUAAGAGUGGGGGGGGGGGGCUUAUUCAUGCUUAGUUUCUAUGGUCAAAGGUUAUUUGAGUAUGAAUGGGUGUUUUGACAGAUCACAUAUAUUUUCAUGUGCUUCAGUAAGAAAUUUCCUACAUGGACAAUUGCCAAAAAAAAAAAAACAGAACUUUCCAACCAAAAUGCAGAUUAAUAUGAUAUUGCCAGAUGUGUUCCUGCAACCUUUCAAAACUUUAGCAUGAUUUAAGUAGAAAACCCACUGAACUGAAUAAAAAGACACUAUAAGUAG